CCUAAAAAUAGGAAUUUUUAAUGGCACACUGUCAAAAAGAUUCUGUGAAAGUAUCAUUUUAUUUAUACAGAGGUAUAGAUGGAGAUUUGGAUAAGGGAAGGGUAUCAUUUAAUAUAUUUUAAAGAAUGAUAAUGUAAGCAUUUUAAUUAUGAAAACUCGAAAUAUGUGCCUGAUUAAACAAAAAUUAAAUGUGAAAUAGGAGGCUUAAUUUUUUUAAUAAAAUUUAUUCACGAACGAGAAGAAAUACACAACAGUUGAAGUUUUGCCAAAUGUUGUGAACACUUGUUGUAUGGUUAAGCCAAUGGAUGAGAUGACCUCAGAACAAAAAAUAAAACUGACUGAGAGGCAGAAGAAAUGGUCAACAUUGGGCUUCUUGUAAAGAAAACAUUCUUAACUGUACUACGAGUUGCGAAAAUUUUUUUAGCAGUUUUCUACAAUAAUUGUCUUUUUGGAAAUAACAAUACAUCUUGUCUUUAAGGUUAUUUUUACGAACUAAUGAGUAUGAAAAUACCAGUAAAUGAGCAAAUGUACGGAAUGAAUAAACAGAAAAAAUCAGUUUUAAAAUAUAUAUUUAUUCAUAUUACGAGAAUUCAUAAUCUGAUAAUCUGUGAAUGGUUACUGGACAAAUGCAGUUGGUUAUUGUGAUGCAUAAAAAGAAAUAAAUAAUCGGUUUACUCGUUUUGGGGAAACUCAGCAAUGUAAAAACUAGGUCAUUAGUUGCAAUUAUUUUAAAGUUUGCUAUUUUUGAUUUUGGAUCAUAAUUUCUGUUUCCUUUCAAGGUUCCUUUUAGUAUCCUUUUCACCGGUCUGCGUGACUAUUUGCUAAAUAAAUUCAAUUAUAGGGCUUAUUUUUUUCGAGACAAACAUUGUUCGGUGAUUAAACAAUGAAUAUCGUAUCUAUACACUCUUUUGAGAUUUUAAUUCUUCAUUUAUUGUGUAGCAAUGCAUGUCAAAAGUAAGUAUUCAAACAGAAUUUAAUAUGUUCUGCAUUAAAAAAAGACUAAUUUCAUUUUUUGGCUUCUAUCGAAUAUAUUCGCUUAUUAAUUUUAUUUAUUCUUAUUUCAAUAGUGUCAAUGAAGAAGGAACUUGUAAUGUUCCGGUUAUUUUUACAAUGAGGAUUCGAAGGAAUGUAAAGAGUGUUCCCCUGGAUAUAUGGGUCCAAAUUGUUCAAGAACGUGUCGUUACCCCGGGUUUGGGAAACAGUGUCAGCAAGGAUGCAAUUGCACAGCAGAAUAUUGCGACUUUCGGAGUGGCUGUUUAAAUAUGUCUAUUGAAAAUGCAACCAAUGUGAAGGAGAAGUAUUUGUCAACUUACUCUGGAAUAAGUGUCAUUGGAUCAAUAUCCAUAAUAACGAUAAUAUCAAUUGCGACAGCAUUUCUGUUCUUUUUAUUUUUGAUUUUAACAAGAAUUCUGAUACUCCAUCUAAAGAACAAAAACACUCUUGCUCAAACAAAUGCUGCAGCUGCUGUCCUUGUGGAAAAUGUGGACGUCGAAAUCCCUCCAGGUUUACCAGCACAGACUCAAACAUGGGCAGAUGUACAACCUUUCACUAUAGACUUGCAUACAACUGACAAUAAAAUUGGAAAUUGCGGAGGGAGAAAUUCGGAGGAAAAUACGACCGAAGUUCUUGGAAAAGAUUUCGAAGAAGCAAUCACAAGGAAUGGAGAUAAUGUGUAUAUGUUUACAUUUGCAUCUUUUGGAAGUGAGAUGAUGGGAAAUUCUGUUCAUGGAUAUUCUACACUUCAGAACAGCUAGUUUUGCCCUUUUAUUUCUUUAAC